UCUUUAUGCAUAGACAGAAUGAUUGAUAAAAGAAAAAGUUUUUAUAAAGUCAUACAGAGCAGAGAAUUCGUCUGUAAUUAACUGCGGGUAGUCGGGAAAAUAAGAUUCUACAUGGAUUUUUCUAGUGUCAAUAGAUUCAACGGUUUGGUUAAUUUUGUCUGUGGAAAUUUGUUACCGUUGACAGACGACGCUACGAAAUUUUCUAAAGCUCAGAAACUUUACUCGGCUUUCACCUGGAUCCUUGAAUUCACUUAUUUUCUCGUUACGACUUUUGGAAUUUUUUUUACCACUAACCAACGCAUUUUUCAAGACACUACCGUCAACCAGGCUGUAGUUAUUGAGAUUCUUAUUUUGGGUUUUUAUAUGAACUUACGACGGGGUUUGAUUUAUCGAUUGAUUGGCCAGAUGAACAGCGUUUUAAUCAAUGUCGAAACCUUAAAGGAAUGUGUGGAGAAGACUGUGAAACCUUUGCAGAGACCCUUGAAGCUCUACACGAUAUUCGCUACUGUGACAGUAGUUUUGUUUUGCGGUUCGCCAAUCUACAAAGUGUUUAAGAAGGAUCAAUUUAGCUACAACGACUUUCGUAUACCUGCUUAUAUACCUGGUGAACCUUAUUCGACUGGAUUAUUUAUUGCUGGCAUUCUUUUCGAGACACUGGGUGGAUUCUAUACAAUUUUGAAAAAAGCUAGUAUCGAUAUUUACUUGAUACACGUCAUUACCCUUCUUACUGCUCAGUACAAGUAUUUAAGUUUGGAACUAAUUAAUAUAAUUAAUGGAAAGAACGAAAAUAUUAAUAAAAGUGAUCUCGAAUCGUUGGACAAUGAGAGAAAUGAAAAAAUCGAAAAGACUGUACAGAUUGAAUUAAAAAAGUGGAUUCGACAUCGUGAAGUUGUGAUGGAAAUUGGAAAAAUCCUGAAGAAUUUACUGGUCUUGAAUGUCGUCUACGUCUACCUGAAUUGCAUAUUUCGUUUCUGUUUUUUGGGAUUUUUACUGAUUUCGAGUUCUGGUGAUUAUUUUAUACAAGCUUUGGUAUGUUCGUACACUGUCGUUUGCUUGAUGCAGGUAUACGUGUUAUGCUUUUGCGCUCAAAAUUUAUUGGACUCGAGUACAGCCAUGACGCACGAUGCCUUCUACGAAAAAUGGUACGCUUACGGUCCAUCGACUAAACGUAUCUUCUCAAUGAUAUUGAUCUCGAAUAAAAUGGAAUGUCGCCUCUCCAUGUGUGGAGUCGUUGACUUGACUCUGCCAACCUUCAUGGCGAUACUGAAGAAUUCUUACUCAGCUUGCUUGUUCUUACUGAAGGUGAAGUAAAAGGAAGAAGAAUAAAAAAAUAUUAAUCCAGCAUCCGAUUCCAUGAGAGGACUUUGACAGUUGAUGAAAAUAAAAAAAAAAAAGACAGUGAACAAGAGAUAAAUAACAAGUAUCCAUGUAGUGCAUUAUUGCGGAUACAAAGUACAUAAUAUGUUGUGAUAAAAUUUUUCAAAAUUUCAGACGUCAUUUGCUUUUCACUUUUCAUGUUACCUUUCGUCUUGAAUGGUCUCGAUGGUUUGGAGUAUCCUCUGGAUCCAUUACUGUUGAUUGCAGCCACACGAAACUGAUACCAAUGACCCAUUCUGAGUCCAUCACGCAAAGUAGCGUGAGGCUUCCUGGACACGUGUCUGACGGACCAGGAACUCAAUCUGGAUUCGAAAUAUCUGGGUCCCAGUAGAUGACGUUCCUCGACCAGAUACCUGACACCGGCGUCUUCAUUGUUUGCGCCUCUGACAGCAGAAUGAGGACUUCGCCAGCUGAGCAGUACCUGAUUAGUUUUUUGCUGAAGGAUCUGAACACUCUCCGGUAUAGCCGGAAGGUCUGAAAGAAGAUAAAAAUGAAGAUUUUAUGGGACUUUACGAUCUUGCAUACUGCUACGGAACCCCAUAAUAUACAGCAAUUUGCAUUCCCAAUCAGUUCUCCAAGAGAAUCCAUUUUCGUUAACGAUUAUUGCAUAUAUAUAUUCCUGGAUGCAUACAAGUGAUACCGCAAUCAUGUGUGCAACACUUGGCCAUAUCAGGACAAUGCGAAUCCCCGGUGCAGGCAUCUAAGCAAGCGGCUUCGAAAGACGACAUGGAAUUCUGUUCAGGGCACAAUCCAGGCUUCGUGUAAUUGGAGGUCAAGCAAAUCCCCAUGCACUAUAACAGCAUAAUAAAAAGAAGAGCAAAAAAGUA